AUGUUCCUGGAUGGAGCUCUAGAAGUUGGCCCCCGUUGACCCAACUCUCUUAGCUGCUUCCCCAAACAGAGUGUCUUUAAGACCCAGCGGAGCUGGGAGGGAAACCCCGCGGCUGUAGUUGUUUCUACUCCCCGGAUUGUCAGCCAGUUAUUUGCGGGGAGGCGCUGUAGCCAUUUCGCCACAUGAAACCAUGAUGCGCUGAGCGACCAACAUCCGAGUAGUUGGUGGAGAAGAGAAAUCAGCUUUGAGGAGCUCCGCGAGCGCGCACACACCCGCACCAACCCGCGCGUGAUUACGCACGGCGCACAGACACGCACACACUUCCUCCUCCGUGGAAGAAAAAGAGGGAGAGAGAGAAAGAGAGAGAGAGAGAAAGAGAGGGCACACGAACUUCCAGCUCUCCCAUGUGGAAAGCAGAGGUUUGGAGAUAAGGUGUAUUUUUUUUCCUCUUCGGAGCUUUUUCACCCUCUGCCCCUCUCUUUCUCCCUCAGUGUUUUUCUCCUUUUCCCCUUCAUUCCGGAUAUUUGUGUUUCUAUGAGAGUCUUGCUCGGCGAGAAGAGAAGUUUGGUUGUUUGCCUGGUCGGCUGAGGAGGAGGAGGAGGAGGAGAAGAGUGUGGUUCAAAGUGGGGGAAGAUGGUCCACAACGCCGCUUGGAGAAGGAGCUUCCUUUGCGUCCUGACGCUCUAUCUCGGCUUUGCGUCCCCGCCGUGCAAAGCUCGGAUUUACACGAACCACUGGGCAGUCAGGAUAGCCGGCGGACCCGGGGUGGCCGACCGGAUAGCGGAAAAAUAUGGCUAUAGGAACAUGGGACAGAUUGGGGAUCUCAAGGACCACUAUCACUUCUUCCACAGUCGAACCAUCAAGAGAUCAACUUUGUCCAGCCGUGGUCACCAUAGUUUCAUCUCCAUGGAGCCCAAGGUGGAGUGGAUAGAACAGCAGGUGGUGAAGAGGAGGAUCAAGAGGGAUUACAAACCUGUCCCUCCCCUUUCCCAGACAAGCCCCGCCCACAGCAACGUGGCCCAAAACAACAUUUUCUACAACGACGCCAAGUGGAGCAGUAUGUGGUACAUUCACUGCAACGACGACGUCCACAACUGCCAGUCAGAUAUGAACAUCAUGGGGGCGUGGAAGAGAGGCUACACGGGUAAAGACGUGGUGGUCACCAUACUAGACGACGGGAUUGAGAGGAACCACCCGGACCUUUUUCAGAACUACGAUCCUCAAGCAAGCUAUGAUGUCAACAGCAAUGAUCUGGAUCCCAUGCCGCGAUAUGAUGCAACCAAUGAGAACAAACAUGGUACACGGUGUGCAGGUGAAGUUGCUGCAGCUGCAAACAACUCCCAUUGCAUUGUGGGAAUUGCCUACAAUGCCAGAAUAGGAGGUGUCCGAAUGCUGGAUGGAGACGUAACAGACAUGGUGGAGGCCAAGUCUCUGAACCUCAAUCCGCAGCACAUUGACAUUUACAGCGCCAGCUGGGGACCCGAUGAUGAUGGGAAGACCGUGGAUGGACCGGCAUCUCUGGCCAGGCAGGCCUUUGAGAACGGCAUCCGCAUGGGAAGAAAGGGCCGUGGCUCUAUCUUUGUGUGGGCUUCAGGAAAUGGCGGUCGCAGCAGAGACCACUGCUCCUGCGAUGGUUACACCAACUCCAUCUACACCAUCUCCAUUUCCAGCACAGCUGAGAGUGGACGAAAGCCCUGGUACCUAGAGGAAUGCUCGUCCACCCUGACCACUACGUACAGCAGCGGGGAGAACUACGACCGAAAGAUCAUUACAACAGACCUGAGACACCGCUGCACAGACAGUCACACAGGGACAUCAGCCUCGGCUCCCAUAGCAGCUGCCAUCAUCGCUUUGGCCCUGGAAGCAAAUCCUUCUCUAACAUGGAGAGAUGUUCAGCACAUCAUCGUAAAGACCUCGAGAGCUGGGCAUCUGAGCGCUCCGGACUGGAAGACCAAUGCAGCUGGUUACAAUGUCAGCCACCUGUACGGCUUUGGCCUGAUGGACGCUGAGGCGAUGGUCAAGGAGGCGGAGCAAUGGAAACAGGUCCCUGCCCAACACGUCUGCGUGGAGACCGCCGACAGACAAAUCAGCAGAACCAUCCGCCCGGAGCACUUGGUGCGCUCCGUGUACAAGGCGACUGGAUGCUCGGACAACCCCAACCUCAAAGUGAUCUACUUGGAGCACGUGGUUGUACGCAUUGCGAUCACACACCCUCGUCGUGGGGACUUGUCAAUUAACCUGACCUCGCCGUCGGGGACCAAGUCUCAGCUGCUUGCCAACAGGUUGUUUGAUCACUCCAUGGAGGGCUUUAAGAACUGGGAAUUCAUGACCACUCACUGCUGGGGAGAGAAGGCAGCAGGCGACUGGAUCCUAGAGAUCUACGACUCGCCAUCUCAACUCCGCAGCCAGAAAGUACCUGGAAAGCUGAAGGAGUGGUCUCUGGUGCUGUAUGGCACCUCUGUCCACCCGUACUCAACUCAGCAAAAGGUUCGCUUCACAGACGCACUGCUGCCUGCUGAAGAGGAGUUCACUGAGGAGUACAACGGUCCCUGUGAUGCUGAAUGCAAUGAGAACGGCUGUGAGGGUCCUGGACCACACCACUGUAUUAACUGCCUUCACUACUUCCUUAAGUUCAAGAACAACACCAGAACGUGCGUCUCUGAGUGCCCCAGUGGCUUUUUCCGUGACGACAAGAAGCGCUGCAAGAAAUGCUCCUCCUUGUGCGAGACCUGCGUCGGCAGUCGGACUGACCAGUGCAUCACAUGCAGAACGGGUUACCACCUCAUCGAGGGCUCCAACACCUGCGCUGCCAACUGUGCCGAUGGCUUCUACCUCGACAGUGAUUCCAACAUUUGCAGAAGAUGUCAGGAGAACUGUAAGAGGUGUACAGCCUCCAAUAUCUGCACUGAGUGUAAACCUGGGAUGAGCCUCCAAGGAUAUAAAUGCCAGAUGACCUGUAACCCAGGAACCUAUUUCAACGGCCACAGGAAGACGUGCGAGCUUUGCCACCGAGCCUGUGCCACCUGCGCAGGUACAGGUAUAGAGGCGUGUACCAAGUGUGCAGAUGGCUACUUACUUGAGGACUGGCGGUGCGUGUUAACAUGCAGCCCUGGCUACUACCUGUCAGAGCAGACCUCAGACAACGGGCAGGUGCAGAGAUCCUGUAAGAAAUGUGACAAUAGCUGCUUCGAGUGCCUGGGACCCGGGGAACUAAACUGCAGCAGCUGCAACAGUGGCUACAACCUGGAGGCAGGAACCUGCAUGGUUAGCACCGUCUGCAAAGAUGGGGAGUACAUGAGUAAACGGGGAAAGUGCCAUUUUUGUGAUACUACCUGUCUGCAGUGCACAGGUCCGGAGAGUGAGGCCUGCACCACCUGCCAAGAAACAAGGCUUUUUGAAGAUGGACGCUGUGUUACUCACUGCCAAGCGGGGCGCUUUGCCAUGGGGAAGCAGUGUCUUCUCUGUCAUCACACUUGCAAGGCGUGCACUGAUGAGGGUCCUGAUAACUGCACCAGCUGUGGCACAGACAGGUUUGGUUUACCCAGGUACCUGUUUCAGGAUCAGUGUCGGGAAGCCUGUCCUGAGGGGUUCUUCCACUCUGCAAUGAUGCGUUGUGAGCCAUGUGCUGCAAAAUGCAUCAACUGUGUGGCUGCAGAUUGCUGCGUCCAGUGCAGCCCGGGAUACAAGAUCCAAAAUGGCCACUGUGUCCAAUUGAAGUGCAGCACAGAUGAGGUUUCAGAUGCAAAGGAGGACUGUCUCCCCUGUGAUGAGGGCUGCAAUAAAUGCAAGCGCAAUGAUUCAGAAGAUAAGAAACAGAAGACUGCUUGCCUGGAAUGUAAAGAUGGAUACUAUCAGUUUGGUGUUGACUGCCAUCGGUCCUGCCCAGAUCGGACCUACGAUGUGAAGGAGACCAUGACAUGUUCUCCAUGUGAAGACAUACACUGUGCAAUCUGUGACCAGUCCCAGUGCUACUGGUGUGAUGAUGGAUACUAUGCCUCGGGUGGAGAGUGUGUGGCCCAUUGCCAGGAAGGAUACUUUGUGGAUAAGGAGAGUAAGGAAUGUGAGCCUUGUCACAGAGACUGUCGCUCCUGUGGAGGGCCCAGAUUUGAUGACUGUGACUCCUGUGAAGACGGCUUCAUACUAAAAGAUGGGGAGUGUCUCAAUGAGAAACUGGAGCUUGCUGCAUGUCCUGAGACACAGUUCAGAAACAGUCAGGAUAAAUGUGAACCGUGCCACUCCUCCUGUAAGACCUGCUUUGCUGCAAGAAAGGAAAACUGCAGCACUUGCAACCAUGGCCAUUUUUUGACUCCGUAUCAGACUUGUGUGUCUCAUUGCCCAUCUGGUACAUUUGGCAACAAGACAUCUGGACUGUGUGAUCCCUGCCUUAGUGGGUGUGUAACGUGCCAGGAAGACCAAGCCUGUCAUCGGUGUCGUACAGGACUUCAUCUGCAAAAUGGAGCCUGUGUGGUGGAAUGUCAGAGAGGGUUUCCACAAGGUGAUGAAUGCCACCCAUGUUCCCUAAACUGUGAAUCCUGCAAAGAACGUCCUUCCAACUGUUUGAGCUGUGAGAGACCCUUUCUGCUGCUGGACAACUCCUGCAUGUCUUUCUGUCCAAAGGGUUACUAUGACAACAACACAGAGUGCCACCACUGCCCAAAUCACUGUAGCGAGUGCAAUCAGGAUGGUCUCUGCAAGAAAUGUGCAGAUUAUUACUUCCUCCACGAGGCUGCGUGUGUGGACGACUGUCCCAAAGGUUACUUUGCCAGUGAGCAGCAGCAGGAGUGCAUGCAGUGUCAUGCGGACUGUGCCUCCUGUGAUGGACCGAGCGAGGACGACUGUGAUGUGUGCCGCAACCCUAAAGCUGUCCGAUACAACGGAGAGUGUCUGGCCAGGUGUCCAAACAGCACCUACUAUGAUAAGAAUACAAAUGAAUGCAGAGAUUGUGACAAGUCAUGUCUGACCUGCUCAGGCCACGAACCCAACAACUGCCUCAGCUGUGACACCAACAGACGCGUGGAUGACAGUGGACACUGUGUGUGGUACAGUGACUGCUACAUGGACUCAUACAUGGAUCCGAAUGGUAACUGCCAACAAUGCCACACAUGGUGCCACCGAUGCAACGGUCCAGGCGAAGACCACUGCCUCAGCUGCAACGAGCCACGCUUCCUACUGAACACCAGCUGUGUGAAGAAGUGUCCAGUGGGUUACUACGUUGAGGACAAAGAUGAGCGUGUGUGUCAGCGCUGCCACUUCAGCUGUGAGUCCUGCGAUGGCCAUCACAGUCAACAGUGCAGCACCUGCAAACCAGGACUUUUCAAACAGGCUGGCAGCUGUGUCCAAACCUGCUCAGAGAGCCACUUUGGCAACAAGACCACCAUGCUUUGUGAGCGAUGUGACCCCUCCUGCAGCCAGUGUGUAGGCAGUGGCAGCAAAAACUGCCUGAGCUGCAGGGAGGACUACGUGUACAUGACGCAGUGGGGACAAUGCCUGAAAAGCUGCCCUCCAGGAUACUACAAAGAUAUCUGGUCCUCAGACUGUCACAAGUGUCACCCUACCUGCAAGACCUGCAGUGAUGAGGGCGCUUUGAACUGUCAAUCCUGUUAUGAUGGCUUCACCUUUGAGGGCGGCUUCUGUGACAACCCCUGUUUUAUAGGCCACUACCCGGCCUCUAAGGAUUCAAAGCGUGGUGAUCCAAUCUGCAGAACUUGUGACCCAUCAUGUGAGGGCUGCUGGGGCCCCAACAGGUGGGAGUGCAACCUGUGCCCCGCGAGCCAGAUCCUGUCCGAUGAUGGCCGCUGCUUGAGGUGCUGUGAAAAUAAGACACCGCGUGAUGAUAUCCCAAUACCCAGAGAGUGCUGUGACUGCGAGGCAUCACAGAUGCAGUGUGUCCUUGAUGUCAACUUUGUCAUGAGGUCAGCGGAGGAUUUAGGGAGCAGUGCCAGGCUCACUGUCAUGACCUGUGUCAUAAUCAUCAUUUUUCUGGGUGGCGGAAUCUUCCUUUUCCUCACUGCUUGCUCCAAGUGGUUCACCACCAAGCCCAAAACCAAAGCUGGGGGGUAUCAAAAACUGGACACAAACGGUGAUUGUCCACCACAGCCCACCACCUCCUGGUUUGGGGACUACAACGACAGAAUCGCCGAGUGUGAGAACAACGAUGAGGAGUACGACGACGAGGACAUUGUGUACAUGACUAAAGAUGGAACGGUGUACCGGAAAUUUAAGUAUGGCCUUCUGGACGAUGAUGAUGUUGAGCUAGAAUACGACGAUGAGAGCUACUCAUUUAGAUGAAGCAAAAACAUAAAAACCUAGCUGUGCAAAAACGUUUACACUUAUUUUGGUACCACUUUACAAUUAGACACCCUUAAUUAAGGACAAAAUAACAAGUAAUAAAACAUUUAUAAAUGAAGCUAUAAACACUUUUUAAACCAUUAGUAAUGAAUUAUUGUGUAUUAUGUAAGUAUGUCUGUCUGUCUGUCUGGAUAUAGAUUAAAAUUAAUUAUAGAAUAAUUUAUGGGGCAGUCUAAUUUUAAUGUGGUAAAUUGUGUUCAGUUUUAAGGUGUUUGAUAAAUCUCUGUUGCUUAAAACAAUACAUCAUUGUCAUAAAUGAUUUAUGUCUGAUCUUAUUGAAAACAGUUUGCACAUUUUAUGGAUGAAGCAGGGUAAUAUCUUUUUAUUUAAGAAUUAUACCUAAAACUGUAAUUGUUCUCAUUAAAAUUGAUGAAUCUAUUCAA